AUGGCGCUUCGGGGCCCAUCCAAGCCGUCAUCGUCCGGUGCGAUGUCGAGAAAAUCAGAUACCUUCCUUGGUCCGCCACCACAAUACCCAGCAGACCAUCCCAUUUUCUCGCAUAACGUUCCUCCCGUCCCAGGGCUCAUCGAGGUGCCGCUAGUCCUCCACCGCGUAGGCACUCAGUCCACCAACCGUGCCGACCUCGACAACCAGAUCGCCACGCACCUCAACAUCAACCCCGACUCAGGCUUUGCGCCCCCGGCGUGGCAGUCACAUGUCGGAACUAUUGUAGUCGCGCGUAAAGAUAAGAAUCUAUUACUUCUGCAGUAUCUUGAGGGCGUGUGGAUGUACUGCGACCACAUUCUGGACCUCUUUGGUGAAGGAGAAGGUGCGCCGAGAUGGCUGUAUAAUCGGCAGGCCUUUGAAGAGUGGUGGGUAGGUUAUUGCGAGGAACAGAAGGAGUUUCGGCCGGGAAUGGGCGGGGAGAAGGAUCCGGACGAUUGGUGGGCGCUUGUUACCGAUGAAAUCCUAGUGUCGUACAGGACCGAGAAGCUUGACGCCUCGAAGCGUCGUGCACCUGGGCAUCGUCAAAAUGGACACUGA